AUGACCACCACCAGCUCUCCGGAGGCUGUGGCCGAUCCGGCCGGCUCCUCCGCUGCGGCCCCUUAUGGGACGCGAUCCAGAGGCCGCAAUGCCCCCCGGCCCAAUUAUGCCGAGGAUCGUGAUAUCGACAUGGACUUUGAAGCCACUCCCGCAAAGGGCGCCAAGCGCAAUAGUGGCGUGGCCCUCACCAACAUCGUCAACGGCUCCAAGUCGGACAGCGAGAAGUCCUCGCCGGCGCAACCACGCAAGAGUCUAAAUAACGGUCCCGCCCCGCCUGUAAUCCCGAAAGAGGCCAUUCCGGGCACUUCGUCAUUUUCCGCUCGCCCCGAGGAUGUCAAUGGGGCCGGUCCGCUGCGUAAGCGCAAGGCCACCGCCAGCACUCCGUCCAGCGCCAACGCCGCGAAGAAGAUCUUCACUGCCGCACCGGGAGAUUCUGACGGCGGCUAUUUCACCAACAUGGUCAGCUUUGAGGCGUCAGAACCGAUUCUCAAAGAUGGUCAAAUUACAGCUGAUGAUGGAACCACGUUCGAAGUGAACGACCAUGUCUACUUAAUUUGUGAACCACCAGGCGAGCCAUACUACCUGGCUCGAAUUAUGGAAUUCAUACCGUCCAAGACAAAAGAUUCUGGAGUCAUUGAGUCAUUACGGGUCAAUUGGUAUUACCGCCCACGGGAUAUCCAGCGCCACAACAGCGACUCGCGUUAUUUGUUUGCAUCCAUGCAUUCCGAUACCUGCCCACUGUCUUCACUACGCGGGAAAUGUUCAAUCCGCCAUGUUUCGGAGAUCCAGAACCUUAAUGACUACAAAAAGAACAGGAACAGCUUCUGGUAUGAUAAGAUGUUUGAUCGAUACAUCCAUCGCCUGUACGAUGUCAUCCCGACGAAAGAUGUUGUUAAUGUCCCCGGAAACGUCAAAAGAGUCCUAAAUGAUCGCUGGAGAUUUAUUCUGGUCGAGGUCGGUAAGGGAAAGGAGCUGACGGGCGCCGUGAAGACCUGCAAGCGAUGUCACCUCUUUGCUGCAAAUUCCGAAUCAGUCGACUGCGCCGUUUGUCACUCAACAUAUCACAUGCAUUGUGUUCGCCCUGCUCUCACCAAGAAACCUGCCCGAGGAUUUGCGUGGGCGUGCGCCCCCUGCAGUCGGGCCCAAGAACGCAAACUUGAAGCGCGCAACACGCCUUUGAUGGGCGAGAACCGAGCCGAUGGCGACGAUGAGGUCAUGGAGGAAGAAGAGGACGAACAUCAACCGAAUGGCGCCGCCAAUGGAACCUCUGUCAGCACUCCCGCUGCAGUCGAGGAGGAGCCACAGCCCGAAACGGCGGAGCAAAUGGCUCAAACACGGAUGUGGCCCUACCGUUACCUUGGUAUCCAUUGCCGCGUGGAAGACGCCCUCGACUACGAUGAUCGUAUCUACCCCCGUGCCAGCUCUCGUCUCGGACCGAAACACCAGGCGAUCGUGAACCCAUGGCCUGGCCGUCCCGUUGAAUACGUGAAGCCAAUCGAUUUGAAGAAGCGAGUGAAAGCGACGGGUGCAAAAGCCACGGGUCCCCUCUCCAAAGACGCCAAGGCUGCGCUGGAAGCUGCCAAACAGGAGAAGGCGAACCGGCCGAAGUGGAUUCAGGAUGAGCCCGCGGGCUACAUUGCUCGCGGUGAAGAUGAGCCUGUCACAAUAAACGGGAAGCAAGCACGCACAGCCGAGCUCAAAUUCAAGAUGCCGACUGCAGCCCAGAUGCCUGCUCGCGGCGAAGAUGAUGUGCCGGGGUCCCACCUCAGUGACGCAGACCGCGAAGCAUUCAUUGACGAUUACAUGCGCCAGGCGAAGGAACUGGCUCCGCAUAUCGGUGUUGAAAUGUACAACACCAACUUUUUGGACAAGGCUCUGCAGCUGCUAUACUCCGAAAGCUUCGAUGUGCAAGCAGCUCUUGCCAAGCUGAAGAAGGCAAACCAAUACAAGGAUCUCAAAGAACCUCAUCUUCGACCGGAAGAAUUGAAGCUCUUCGAGCAGGGUGUUGCAAAAUACGGUUCGGAAUGGCUCAGUAUCUACAGACACGUUAAAACCGUUCCUCACUGGGCAAUCGUGCGAUUCUACUACAUGUGGAAGAAAACACCUCGUGGCAAGCAGGUCUGGGGUAGCUACGAAGGCAGACGCGGCAAGAAGGAGGUCCGGCGCCAGAGUGUCGCCUCGUCGAAAUUGCUCGAUGAUGUAGCCGAUGAUCACGACGAUUCUGCCUUUGAUAGCGAAAAGGCCAUCGUCCAGAAGCGAGGAUUCCAGUGCAAAUUCUGUGAGACACGCAGCUCUCGACAAUGGCGACGCGCGCCUCUCGUCCCGCCCGGCACCGCAGUGCCUUCUGAUCCCUCAGCAAAGAAGGACAAAGGGCCCAUGCUUACCGUUGCCCUCUGCCUUCGCUGCGCUCUGCUAUGGCGGAAGUACGCUCUCCACUAUGAGGACGUGGAUGAGCUCGGCAAACGUAUUGCCGCGAGCGGUAACAAAUCCUGGCGCCGGCGUAUUGAUGAAGAACUGUUUGCGCAAUUGCUCCUUGGUGCUGAGACGCCAUUGAUCAUCAACAACUCGACAGCUACCACGGCCGCUGCGAUGGGAAUUCAAAUAGAAAACAACCCUCAGCUCCUCCUUGAGAGUAAGAUGGAUGCGGCCAAGAAGAAGGCGCGCACCGAUAUCCCAAGCACUGCGACGACCUCGGCCUCGACAUCAGUGGAGCCCAUGCCCAAGAAGAAGAUGGUCACGGAAAAGGGCGCCACCGAUGCUGCUCCUGUCAUUCCUGAUCCGCCCAAAGCGAAAACCCUCCCGUGCGCCGUAUGCAAUUCGCUCGAACCCAUAGGCGAUGAGCAUCUCUCUUGCCGCGAUUGUCGCCUAACCGUUCACCGCAAUUGUUACGGAGUCCAGAACUCUCGACCUGGCAACAAGUGGCUGUGCGAUAUGUGUUCAAAUGAUCGCAGUCCCUCUAUCUCGACGACUUACGAAUGUGUCCUGUGCCCCGUGACGUCAACUGAGCACGAGUUGAUGGAGACUACGAAGAGUAAUAGCCGCAAGAAGUCGGACCGGGAUAAGGAAAAGGAAAGAUUGGAGAAGGAAAUGAUCACGGAGGCGAUCAAACUCUACCGCCAGCGACAGGAAGCCGUUGGUAAGCCAGUCAGUCCUCGGGAACCAUUGAAACGCACCGCAGGAAACAACUGGGCCCACGUGAUGUGCUCCUUGUGGACACCGGAGAUCAAGUACGGCGAUGCGAAAGAACUGGAACCCGCAGAAGGAUUUGGAACUAUCCCCAAAGACCGUUGGCGGCAGGUCUGCAAGAUUUGCAAGUCGUCCAAGGGUGCCUGCAUCCCUUGCCAUUCUACUGGGUGCAACGUCCAAGUUCAUGUUGGCUGCGCCUUCCAGGCACAGUAUCGAUUUGGUCUUGAUCUCGCCCCAGUGAAGAUCUCGCGGCGAGACAGUGUGCAGACCAUCCGUCUGGGCGAGGAGGUUGGAAUGGCUACGCCAGUAAUUUACUGUCCUAACCAUAGUGUGCCGGCCGCUGUUCACGACAUUGGCGAGCUUGCUGGCCCUGAUGGCCUGAAUGCACUACAGCUCUUUGCCCAGGCCUACAAGCAGGCUGACCUCACCCUGACUGGAACCUCUCGAAAGGCAGCCUAUGUGCAGCAAUCGGUCACAGCCCCGCAUCAUCAUGGCGCCAGUGCAGGGAAUCGUCGUGUUUCAACAAGUAGUGGAUUGGCAGCAGCCAGAGACCCUCACAAAGCCCAAUCAACCCCCUUUGAGGAUACAACAGAUACGAUGGAUAUUGACACCGAGGAGCACCCUGCACGCCCUGCACGGCGAUCCAUCUCUGCCAGCGGUCAUUCGACAGGUCAACGAUGCUUCCGUUGCUCUACCGAUUUUAGUCCCCGGUGGUGGCCCUGCGGACGACGCAGCGACUCGCGGGCUCCCUUGACGAAUGGAGCCGGAAUGGGUUCCAUGCAUCUAUCGCAAAGUCCGUUUGCGCAGCUAAAUAACGAUGCGGGGGAGCAACUUUACGAGUGCCACAAGUGUCAUUUGAAGAACCCCCACCCACCCACCGACCCUGCUCCUGCGCCCGCGGCCGUGCCCGAUCCACGUCCUUCGCCCUAUGCAGGUCAACGCCCCAUGCUCGCGACCUUGCGUGGCCCUAAUUUCGUACCCCAUACCGUGCAUCCUGCUCCUCCUGCACCACAACCGCAACCCCCCACUGGUGUUCUCGGGCGCCCGAUGCCCCCAUCCCAUUCGCAUAGCGCCCCUAUACCAUACGGCGGUGGCUUCGAGCAGCGAGCUGGAAGCGACAGUGCUCUGCGCAACGGCAUGUCGCCGCCUGCCUACCACGCGGGUCCUCCUCCACCUCCCCCACACCAUAUGGGAACCUAUCCUCCGCCUCAUCCUCCAGUCCCUCCCUCCUCGCACUACAGCAAUACUGGACCGCCUCCCCCACCUCCCACGCAGCCAUAUGGAGCUCAUCAAAGUCCCUAUGGGCCGAUUCCAGCCCGGUCACCUCUCCUUUCCCAGCCGCCGCCUCGCUCAUAUGCUGCCUCGGCGUCUCCACCGAUCGUCUCAGCGACAGUGAACCGGUCCCCUCAAACCUCCCUCAGUGCAUUGAAUGGGGGACCACCUCCGCGUAUGUACUCGGUUGAUCGAAUGGGGGCACCUUCUCACUCGCCGCCUGUUGCCCCGGCACAUAUGAACCCGCGUGGGCCCACUCCGCCCACUCGACCGGAGGACACUCCCCCGUCUGUGAUGGCCAGUUCGAAUCGUGUCAAUGGCACGAGUGCGAGCGCUGGAUCUGGAGCCAGCGCAAGUCCGUCGCUCAAGAACCUUCUUUCUUAA